ACACACAAAAAAAAAUGUCUAUGAUUAUGUUGUUGUUGCUGUUCAACUUGAUGCUAACCGCAAGCUAUGAGUUCGAAUACUUUCAAAUGGUCCAACAAUGGCCACCAACUUUUUGCAGCGGGAUUGGUGUUACUUGUAAAGUUCAACCACCUCAAAACAAGUUUACUAUUCAUGGGUUAUGGCCAAGCAACUUCUCGAAUGCAAAGCUCAUCUGUUCGGGAGGAGAUUUACAACAAAAUAAGCUUCCUCAUCGACUUUCAACCAAACUUAAAAAAUAUUGGCCAAACUUGAAAUGUGGUAAUGACUUCGAUUUUUGGAGAUACGAAUGGAGAAAACAUGGUAGGUGUUCAAAUCCCCCACUCAACCCUAAUCAAUAUUUACAUACAACUAUACGCAUGUACUUGAAUUAUGAUCUCCUGGGCAUGUUGAAUGCGGCUGGACUCAGUCCGAGCACAACGUUCCGUCAAUAUACUUACAUGGAAAACGUACUUAAGAAUGCAAUAGGAGCGGUCCCAAGCCUUCGUUGCAAUGUCAACAGCCAAUCAAAUGAGGACCAAUUGUAUGAAAUUGUUAUUUGUUUCGAAGAAAAUAGUACAAAUUUGAUAGAUUGUACAUAUGCCCCAGGAAAUUGUCCAGAUUGGUUUGUUUGGUAGGAUUUAUAGGAUUUAGGUUUCUACUGCUUUUGUUUGUCGCUCAUUGUAAGAUUCUAUCAUUAUAAUGGAAUCAAAACUACUUUAUA